AUGCCUGCGACAUCGAACAAAACGAAAGCCAAAAAAUGCCAGAGGGCUUGUGCACGAUGUCGGAGCAUGAAAGUCAAGUGCUCGGGAUCGGAUCCCUGCACAAGAUGUGCCCGCAAAAAGCAACGCUGUCACUUUCAUCCUGAGGAUGUGCGGGUCUCGGUAUCGGAGCGCUAUUUACGUCAGUUAGAACAGCAUCUGUCUCAAAGCAGCGGCUUGCGUCGCGCCAGUGAUUCGCGGGAUGAAGCUCUCGGCGAGUCUUCGUAUGUUGGGCACGAUAUUGAUGAGCCAACACCAAACGCGGCACCAUUUCUCUUGGAUGAUCAGCCUACCCAAGGGAUAGAUACUGUUUUUCACCUUCCGGAAACACCACGUCAGCAGCGAGGGCAGACUGGGAGUGAUCCCGAUAUUGAAGACGGCCAUAGGUCACGAUUCUCAAGAAACCCUCUUGUGGAUAAGAAUCCCUCAUUUGCAAAGACACCAGACGGCCGCUUUUGGUACAUGGGCCCGACUUCAUCAUGGUCCUUCUGCCGCCGUGUCCUGGCUUUGAUAGGAAAAAGGGUACCCGAAUCCAAUUGUCCUCCUGAUCCAUGGCACCUGGAUGGAAUGGCAUUCAAACUUCAAUGGAGGCCACUGCCCCAUGAUGAAGUUCCCGACGUUGCCAAUCUCCCACCACUGGAUUACGCACUAUUCCUUUUUAACACCGUCAAAUUUUACUUUGGCUUUCUUUCAUUUAUGAUAGACGAAGAUGCCUACCUUCGGGAUCUACAUGAAUUCUACAGGAAUCCUGCAGCUAAGGCUGCGUCUUCACGGUAUUGGUAUACCCAAUAUCUCCUUGUGCUCGCCUUUGGAAAGGCAUUUCUUACUCAGAGGAACCCGUCCGGAGCCCCACCAGGUCACCAAUAUGCAUCAAGGGCAAUGGCUCUUCUACCGGAUCUGUCUGGUAUGCAUGAAGAUCCAUUAACCUGCAUCCAAGCGCUGUGCUUGGGAGCGGUGUAUCUUCAAUCUAUUGAUAUGAGGCGGGCAGCGUUCCAACACAUUGGACAAGCCCUCCGCGGUUGUAUAAUAGAAGGUAUUCAUCGGCAUGUCCCAGAAGAACUGGGCGGACCGGAAUUAUCACGCCGUUGCAGAACCAUAUUCUGGGUGGUUUACAUGCUAGACCGAGAGUUCUCCGCUCUAAUAGGUGCACCGAGCUCUAUAAGGGACGAAGAUAUCACGGUUAGAUUGCCGGCUGAUGUGGAAAGUUCUGUGGAGCACAUCAACUUGACAUUGCACGUCAGGCUCUCCCGUUUGAUGGCUCAAAUUCUGACAAAUGUGUACGGGGUUGGCGACGAGUUCAAUGGUUCGCUUGUCCGAAAUAUGCAAUCAAUACUGCAUAGCAUGGCAGAACUGUCUCACGACCUGACUGCCUUCUUGAACACACAUUUCCACGGGCUGAUCAGUCGAGCAUCAAAGAUGGCAAUUCGACUGAUGUUGGCUCACCACCAUAAGUGUGUGGUCCUGACAACAAGACCACUGGUGAUGUGCGCUCUAUACAUGCACAUCGAACGCACGGAGAGACGCACAUCCCAAACGAUAUCACUUUCGCCACCUGUUGCGUCUCUCUUACAAUGCUGUGCCGAUUCCGCCCAGACUAUUCUCCAGACUCUUCAAACGUUGGCCGAUGAUGAUCUUAUAGAUGCAUUUCUACCAUUCCAGAUUGAGGAUGCGUCUUCAUCUGCAUUCGUUCUCUAUUUGCUUCGCGCAAUUGCCCCUUCGCUAAUUCACAGUAAUACCUGGUGCGAGAACCUGAAGUGUGUGCUGGACAAGCUCAUUGCAAAGGGAAAUUUGGCCGCACCGCUUCGAAAGCAGGAGCUCAAGCAAUUGGAACAAAUAUUGGCACCUUUGACUCCCAAUCCCACUCCCAACUCCACUGUCGAUCCUUUCCCCCCUGUUGAUUUCAAUGCAGCAGAGGAAGGCAACGAGGUCUACGACCUGGAUCAUGUUGGCGUCGGUGAUGAAUUUGAGUGGGACUUGUUAGGCUUGAAUUCCUCGGUCAGCCUCCCACCGAGAGAAUUACUAGAUCUUGCUGAUCAGCUGGACGUGGAAAGCAUUAUGCAAUCUGUCGGAUGUGUUAGUUGA